GGCUCGAUUAACCAAGCUAAAGCACAGCCCAUGACUAAUUUACUACACUGACCUCAUUUUGAGGAAAACAAUGCAUCAACACAUGGGGUUGCAUGGCUACAAAGCUACUAAAAUGGAUAUUAAGACAGACACAAAACACAGAACCCCGAGGUGAAAGCUGGUGGCUAACUAAACAAACUCAUAAUCUUUCAAAAUUUCUCCUCUUGCUUGUUUUGAAAGCAUUGUAAUCUUAAACUGAUAGGUAAGCAGCAGUCCUAGCGAAAGAGAGAGAAAGAGAAAACCAAUGCAAAAACCAGAAGAGAAAUGUGGGGUUUAAGGUCAAUGCCAACGCCAAUGCCAAUGCCAGCGCCGAUGCCAAGGCAACCCUUCAAGCCCCACCACAAACAACACCGUAUCCACCGCCACAUCCAUCAUCAUCUUAUCCUUUUCCUAACUCUUUCUCUCUCUUCACUUUUCUUCUCUACAUCUUUUGCUUACGCAAACAAUGAAGUCCUCUUCCUACAUUCAUGGCUUCACAGCUCUUCCCAACCUCCACCCUCUGCUUUCUCAAAUUGGAACCCUUUGGACCAAAACCCUUGUAAAUGGUCAUUCAUUUCCUGCACUUCAGACAACUUUGUUGCUGAAAUAAACAUCCAGUCAAUCCAAUUAACUUUACCUUUCCCUUCAAAUAUCUCAAUCCUUAGCCACCUUCAAAGACUAACCAUUUCUAGUAGUAAUCUCACUGGUUCUAUCCCUGAAAGUAUAGGGGAUAGCCUGCAGCUUACAUUUCUUGAUCUGAGCUCGAAUGGCUUAGUGGGAAGUAUCCCUAGUACAAUCGGGAAGCUUAAGAACCUGCAAGAUUUGACUGUCAACUCUAAUCAGCUCACUGGAGAAAUCCCUGUUGAGCUUGGUGAUUGUAUUGGCCUAGAAAAUCUUUCACUCUUUGAUAACAACUUCAAUGGUGAAAUCCCGGUUGAGCUAGGGAGACUCACAAAUCUACAAUCGUUGAGGGCAGGCGGAAACAAGGACAUCUCUGGGCCGAUACCAGAAGAGCUAGGGCAAUGUCAGAAUUUGACUGUGCUUGGUUUGGCAGAUACAAAGAUUUCUGGGUCUCUUCCAGCUUCACUAGGCCAGCUGAGGAAACUCGAGACGAUAUCAGUUUAUACAACAAUGCUAUCAGGGGAGAUCCCACCUGAACUAGGUAACUGCUCUGAGCUUGUCAAUUUGUAUCUAUACCAAAAUAGUCUUUCUGGGUCAAUCCCUAAAGAACUAGGUAAGCUUCAAAAGCUUCAGAAGUUACUGCUAUGGCAGAACAAUUUGUCUGGUGCAAUUCCUGAAGAGAUUGGGAAUAUCUCAAGCUUGGUAAUAAUUGAUCUUUCAUUGAAUACCCUAUCCGGGACUAUACCUUUAUCAUUUGGAAACCUACCUAACCUCCUAGAGCUAAUGCUGAGCAGUAAUAAUAUUUCUGGUUCAAUUCCAACUGUUCUUUCCAAUGCUGCGAAGCUAGUGCAAUUGCAGGUAGAUAAUAAUCAGAUAACGGGCUCUGUCCCAGCUGAGCUAGGGAGGUUAAGUGGGUUGCAAGUCCUCUUCGCCUGGCAGAAUAAGCUUGAGGGGAGCAUUCCUUCUGCAUUGGCUAAUAGCAGCAGCCUCCAAGCUUUGGAUUUGUCACACAACGCACUCACCGGAAGCUUGCCCUCUAGUCUAUUUCAGCUUCAAAACCUCACAAAGUUGCUGCUGAUUUCCAAUCACAUUUCAGGUUCAAUCCCUCCUGAGAUUGGGAACUGCAAGUCCCUCAUUCGUCUCCGCCUUUUUAACAAUAGGAUCACAGGAGAAAUUCCAAAAGAAAUUGGAUUCCUUGGUAGUCUUAGCUUUCUUGAUUUAUCUCAUAACCGGCUUUCUGGGUCAGUUCCAGAUGAGAUAAGCAAGUGCAAAGAUUUGCAGAUGCUAAACUUGAGCAAUAAUACAAUCAGGGGCUCCAUUCCUGACUCACUGUCAUCUUUGAGUAAGCUUCAAGCUCUGGAUCUGUCAAACAACCAGCUUCAGGAUCCAAUUCCAGCAAGUUUUGGUCAGCUAGAUUCACUUAAUUCUCUCAUACUUAGAGGGAAUUCUCUCUCUGGAUCAAUCCCGGCAUCACUGGGAAGCUGUAUGAAUCUGCAAUUGAUAGAUUUAAGCAGCAACAAAUUUUCAGGGGGCAUCCCACAGGAACUUUUUCAAAUUGAAAACCUUGAUAUCGCUUUCAAUUUGAGCUGUAACAUGCUUACAGGUGUUAUACCCCAGCAGAUUUCUUCCCUAAGGAAACUAAACAUACUUGAUCUCUCUCACAACAGGCUUGAAGGCAGUCUGAUGCAGCUCUCAGCGUUGGAUAAUCUGGUGUCUCUAAAUGUAUCUUACAAUAAUUUCACUGGGUUUCUACCUGACAACAAGCUAUUUCGACAGCUGUCGUCUAAAGAAUUGGAAGGAAACCAAGGGUUGUGUGCACAGAGUCAUGAUUCAUGCUUUAUAGGUGAUGGCAUGGGAUCAGAUACAGGAAAUAGAAGGCGGUCACAGAAGCUAAAAUUGGCAAUCGGAUUGCUGGUAGCUCUAACCGUCAUACUGGUAGCUCUAGGUGUGGUUGCAGUUGCUAGAGCAAGGAAAAUGGUUAAAGAUGACAACGAGUCCGAGAUUGGGAUGGAUGCCUGGCCUUGGCAAUUCACCCCUUUCCAAAAGCUGAAUUUCUCUGUUGAUGAUGUCCUAAAAAGCCUAAUGGAGAGUAAUGUUAUUGGGAAAGGGUGCUCAGGGAUUGUUUAUCGGGCCGAAAUGGAUAAUGGAGAAGUGAUUGCAGUAAAAAAGCUAUGGCCAGCAACAAUGGGAACCAAACAUGAAUGUCAGAAGGACAGAAUCAAGGACAACGGGCGUGACUCCUUCUCAGCUGAGGUGAAGACCCUUGGUUCUAUUCGCCACAAGAACAUAGUUAGGUUCUUGGGUUGUUGUUGGAAUAAAAAUACAAAGUUGCUUAUGUAUGAUUACAUGUCCAACGGAAGCUUAGGGAGUCUCCUACAUGAAAGAAGUGGAAGUUGUUUGGAGUGGGAUCUGAGGUAUAAGAUCAUCCUAGGGGCUGCUCAAGGAUUAGCUUAUCUACAUCAUGAUUGUGUUCCUCCUAUAGUUCACAGGGAUAUCAAGGUCAAUAACAUUCUAAUAGGCCUUAAUUUUGAGGCCUACAUUGCUGAUUUCGGCCUCGCCAAGCUGGUUGAUGACAGGGAUUUCGCUCGGUCUUCCAGCACUGUUGCUGGUUCAUAUGGCUACAUGGCACCGGAAUAUGGUUACAUGAUGAAGAUUACAGAGAAGAGUGAUGUGUAUAGCUAUGGGGUUGUGAUGUUAGAAGUUCUAACAGGGAAGCAACCAAUUGACCCGACCAUACCUGAUGGUUUACACAUUGUAGAGUGGGUGAGGCUAAGGAAAGGCGGGGUAGAAGUGUUGGACCAACAGUUAAAAGGAAGAUCAGAAUCAGAAGUUGAGGAGAUGAUGCAGACAGUGGGUGUGGCGUUACUUUGCGUAACUCCUUCCCCCAAUGACCGACCCACCAUGAAGGACGUAGCAGCCAUGCUCAAGGAAAUAAGGCAAGAUAGAGAAGCAGAUUGUGCAAAGGCUGAUACACAACUGAAAGGAUCAUCAACAACCAAAGAGCAACAAACUAGCAAUAACAACAGUUCUAAAGGAGGACCAUCUACAGCAAUGCAACAGCAACUAUACUCGCGAAGCAAUAAUACGAGCUUCUCAGCUUCGUCUCUCCUAUAUUCUUCCUCCAACGGCAACAUUACACUCAAAUAAUUACUUACAAUGUCAGCCAUUCACUAGGAUAUAAAAUUAAAUUGUUUCUUCUUACUAGGUUGUGUAUCUUCCCUUUCUCCUUUAUCUUAUGAUGUCCCUUCAUUCGAGUGUAUCAGAGGUGAAAAGAGGCUAGCCAUUUCGACGGACUGGAUUGAACCAGGCAUUUCUGGCUCUAAUCAUAUAGUAUAAGCAAUAACAUGGUACCAUCUAAAGUUGGUUAUGUACAAAAUGCAAGAACAAACUCCAA